AGCAAAUGACUUCGGCACUCGGAGUCUGAGUCAGCUCGUCACGCUUACUAGCGCAGUGCUACUACACGUAUUUAGGACAUCGGGUUUUUUUUUUUGCGAUGACCGAGAAAGGCCUUCCUCGCGGUCCAAGUACUGUACAUCAGAACCCGACAAAUCAGAUACUGGAUAUGGUUUGGUGGCAUGGCUCUGAGCCGUCCUCCUCAUCCUUCACGAGGGUGCCUCUGGCCCGGACGCUCAUUGGCUGAUUCUAGAAAAGCCUCAGAAAUCGUCUCGAAAUGCACGGUGGAGAACGCUCGUCGACCCGGGUUACUAAGACGGUUACAUGCACGGUGAAGAUUCUGUGGGAUCAUCAUCAAGACAGCAGAGGAAGACCGCACCCUGCUGCUGCAUGUGGCGGCUCACGGCACGAGGCAGUGGAGGGCCAUUGCCAAGGCAGGGCUGCUGCCAGGGCGAGGCAGCAAGGCGUGCUGCAACCGAUUCAUCGUGCUCAAGAGGAAUUUUUUCAAACGUCAAAAGCUCAGCUUUCUGUCUGAACCAGCAGCACAGAUGAUAAGUGGUGCUACCGCCUACAUGAGCGAGUCAAUGGAGUCAACAGAAGCUGCUUUCGAGGCCUUCAAAGCAGAGCCGUGCGGCGACCAGCCCAAUCCUUUCCCACUAGCCUCGUGCCAGCAUCCAUCAGCCGGCCAGCGACUCGCCCCACUUGUCCCAGCUGGAAGCAUCCUGAGCGAGUCAAUGAAGUCAACAGAAGGCGCUUUCGAGACGCCUAAACAAAAGUCAACAGGUUGUAAUGCAUGUUGCUCUUCCAUGCAGGCGGUUGCAUUAUCGCCACCCGUGCCAAUUUCGGUGUUUCGACAUGACCUCGCAUCAGUGUCUUCACUGGUAACAGCAGCAGCAGCAGCAGCAGCACCGCCAGCAGAACCAGCAGCAGCAGCAGCAGCAGCCUCAGCGGCAGCACCAGCAGCAGCAGCAUUAGAACCAGCAGCUGCAGCAUUAGAACCAGCAGCUGCAGCAUUAGAACCAGCACCACCAGCGCCAGCAGCACCAGCAGCAGGAGUCUGCUCUGUUCCCGCAUCUGGAGAGGCUGACAUCGAUCGGCACCUCUUCCAACUGUGGGAGGCAUUCACUCCUGAGACUUCUGAAACAUCAACCCUUCUGCCUGCAUUCCCCUCACUGCAAACACCUUUCCUACACUCCCCAAGCUGCAGCCCUCUGCCAAUGCAAGUGCCUUUUGAGUUGACUCAGCAGCAGCUCUUUGAGACGACUCAACUUUCCCCAAGCUGCAGCCCUCUGCCAACACAAUUCCCACUUCUCGCGCCUCUAGCAGCUGCUCAGGAGGAUAGAGGCACAGCAGUAGGUGGGAGCAGGGAAUUGGGGUGGAGCAUGAAUGCUCACCGAGGGAACAGCAGGAGCAAAGGAAUGAGCAAGAGCUUGUGCAAGGGUUUGGGCAAGGGCAGUGACCAGGGUAUGAGCAGCCACUGUAAGGCUCAAUGCCUUGACGGGCCAAAUUGCACUAGCCAAGGUGGGAAGCCCAGUUUCUGGCUUGCUACUGAUAAAUACUUGCAGCGGGAGGUACACUUCAGCCUCAGCAAGCCAAGUGCAGUAUCAAAGCCUUACACUCUGAUGUAUGGUAAUCUGCGGCCAGACGCCCUUCUUGAAGCCAUGUGUGGGGGGGCUGCUCUAUUAGAUAAUUUUCUUGAUUGAUGCUUUCUUUGUUCGUUUUUUGUGAUUGUGCAUGUGUAAAUAUGGUUCUAGUUGUCCAAAGUUACAUGAGUUGAUUACACAAG